AUGAAUUUUCGCAGUGUAAAAAAUUUGUCCGGACGUAAAAUAGCUCCCCAUUCGGAUGUCCGGGUGGGAGCUACCCAGCAGGAUGCAUGUGAGAAGAACAAAACGCAAAGAAUAGGAACGUGGAAUGUACGAACAAUGUUGAAAACAGGAAAGCUGGAUAAUAUAAAAAUAGAAAUGAAAAGACUAGAUAUAGACAUAUUAGGAUUAUGCGAAAUACGUUGGCCAGAUAAUGGUGACUUCUGGUCUGACAACAUCAGAGUUAUUCAUACAAAUAGUACAAAAGGACAAGCCGGUGUUGGAAUUGCUCUCAAUAAGAAGUGGAGUAAAAGAGUUACGAACGUUGUGACCUAUAGUAGCAAACUAUGUUUGGUCAAAGUAGAGUCAACACCAAACAACCUUGCAAUUAUACAAGUUUAUAUGCCAACAUCAAAAGCAAAUGAUAAAGAAGUGGAAGAAGUGUAUGCAGGCAUUGAAGAGCUAAUGAAACAUACUAAACCACACGAUAACGUAAUCAUCAUGGGAGACUUUAAUGCUAUAGUUGGAGAAGGCAGGGAAGGUAGAGAAGUCGGAGACUUCGGUUUAGGUAAAAGAAAUGCAAGAGGAGAAAGAGUAGUGGAGUUUUGCAGAGAAAAUGGGAUGAUUAUAACAAACACCAGAUUUCAAAACCCUAAGAGAAGAAUAUAUACAUGGAAAAUGCCAGGUGAUAUUGCCCGCUACCAAAUAGAUUACAUACUGAUAAAAAAUCGAUUUAAGAAUCAAGUUAAAUUCUGUAAAACAUAUCCGAGUGCUGAUUGUGACACUGAUCACAAUAUAGUAAUGGCGAAAUAUGAACUCAGAUAUAAAAAACACGCAAAGAACAAAAGUACAGCAAGACAGUUAUAA